GUAUUUCACUCCACUCCACUCCACUUGUCUACAAGCUUCCCUGUGGAAAGUCUGACUCAAAACAAAUUGAUUAGAUACUCACAUAUGGAUAUAUCUAUGGUCAAACGCGUAUCAAGAUGGGCGCUGGAUGCCUGCGCAAAAGCAGAAGCCCAGGGCAAAUCAAAAUUAGAGCCAGAACUGUUUGAAAACGAUGAAAUCAAGCAUGACGCUCUUAUUCUUUUCGAUAAGCUUAGACGGCCUCAAAAUCGAGUUGAUCGCACUGCGGAUGAUAUUGCAAAGAUUGUGCUUGAUCCAUCAUUAAAACCUUGCAUAAAUCGCUGGGAUAAAAAUCCGCAAGCUUUCGGUGGGAUUAUUAAGCAGGGAGAACCAAAUUCGACUGAAGAAGAUCUUUUCCUAGCGAAGUGCUUUCAUUUAGCAUAUGAAGCUGAGAGAGAGAAUCUCAUAAACAGUUUACGUCUACGAUUCUGCUAUAUGUUUUUCUACAGAUUCAGCCAAUUCUGCUCUACACUGAUAGGGGUCAACCAUGAUACUUUUGAUGUUGUCUUUAGGAGCAUCAAACAAGCCGGGCUAUAUCAGCUGGACGAAACCGACAUACGCAGAAAGUUGUCAAGCUGGAUUAGAUAUGGGGAAAGAUUUGAGCUUCUUGUGCAAGAUCUGGGCAGUCCCGGCAUUCUGUUUCUGCUUCCAUUUGACCACGGGGAAAUUUUUUGGAGAGAGAAGGUUCCAAAAUCAGGGCACAGACGUGACAAUUUGAUUAAAUCUCUUCGUCAAAGACUUCAAUGUGACGCUGGAGAUGAGGAAGGGAUUGUCAAUCAGAGCGAUGCUCACAGAGUUGCUACAACGAUUCUGGAUUUCUAUGUUCAAGGUAUGAUAAAAGGCUUUCAAACAACUUACAUGCCGUCCUUGGCUACAGAUUCCGGAGAAAUAUCUACCUCUCGAUCUUGUAAUGAUGCAUUUGGAAAUCCUCGGUAUCUGCCUCAAUCACAGAGGUCUCGGCGUCUGCAUCAGUCAAGAAAAUGCAAGGGCGGUGGUUUGAAUCCUCGUUAUCGCAAGACGAAACAGAGCAAGAACCUUGCAAAUUCUCAAACAUUUACACCCGCACGCGACACUGCGCGGUCGGUCGCACCAUUUCCGGCAGGGAUGUCUGAUAGAGAUGACACUCAUUCCACACAAUCAGCACAAGAGACGCGAAGAUAUGCUUCCACGGGCGAGAGGCUCGAUGUGAGUUUCACGCGAGCGUCGAUUCCAGAGAAUGAAAGUAUUUCUGAGUCUACGCCCCGAAGUUGUAGUCACAGAACAGCCUCACCAAACAUAGUCCAAGGAUCUGAAGUCUGUGAGAUUGAUAUGAAUUCACACAGUAAUCCACAACCCCUUCAAACAACAGGGAUGGUGACAUAUGACACAACGGUAGCAGACAACAUACAAGCAGAUCUUCUUCUCCUCCCCACAGGCUUACCAUUACUCAAUGCCAUGAGUAAUGACGGCAUAUAUCAAUAUGUUUUUGACCCUGCCCAGCAUUUCAGGACCCUGGACGAGACACAAGACUGCAUGUAUCCAGGGUUCAAUCCCGCAGAAUACAUAUCACAACCACUCCAAAAUUCCCUGGAUCUGGGUGGUAUUUCCUCAUCUUAUACAGUGGACACCUCACCUUAUACAGUGGACACAAAUGCACUGCAUGAAACAUCACAAGGACUUUUUUUUGACCCAGCCGAGCAUGUACAACCAAUAUUCAUGCCAUAUCAAAGUGUCGGUUCACCUACACCUCCUUCAGCUCAGACGCUGGAUUCAUAGAGUAACUGGGUGGAGUUGAUGCAAUAAAUUGAUGGCUGAAGAGAGCGCGAAUCUCAUAUUCAUGAGUCUUGCAGCUUUAAUCAACCCCUCGAUCUGCUUGCCGGGACGAUGAAUGAGUGAAUGACCCGAGGUACAACCUUUGCAACCCAUGAUAGCUAAAUGUCUGAUCAAAACUGGCUUGCCACUUCAUGUUAAUCUACAAUGGAUUCCCCACAAAAAGGCAAGUGAGACCAGGUACAAGAUCUACUACACCAUCAUGAUACACGUAAGACCCAGUCCCCAGCUUUACCACUUCAUUUUGACUUGUGGUAAAUUCAUUAUUAAGAUUGUCUCGAGGAAUAAGUUUUGGUUCGUUUCCAGGCACUAUGAGGAUGGGUAUGAUAUAUUCC